CAUCGCGUGCUGUUGUACCCAUUUAUUCGUGUCUUAGUUAUGUUUUCGUGACAUUUUCACGUGAGCAAGGGUUAUCAUUCGAUUUAAAUAGCAAUCAUAUAGAAAACUAAAAAAACUAUGACCCGACCCAGCCCUUUAAUCUGCGAUAAUGAACAAUUCUAAUUUUCUUUUGAGGACACCAUAGCCUAGCCGAAAUCCCUUCAAAUAGCUAGAGUCUACAGCUGAACUAAAGCUCAAGGAGACGUAAAAGGAACGUGGUUUUAAUGAUUUCAGGAAGAGCAACAAUCAUUGUGAGGCGAGCGUGGGCCAAGCAGAGCGCUCUCCGCAAGGUAAAGGAUUCAGUAGUUCCAGGUCCUAGUCCAGCUAUCGGCAUCAGGACCAUCCACACCAGUAAGACCAGGACCAUGGCAUCAGAGUCUGGAUCCAUAGAGAGCAGUAUCAAAGACAAGCUCAUGCAGAAAUUUCAACCUACUCACUUGGAAGUCAUCAACGAGAGUAGCAUGCACAAUGUCCCACGUGGCUCGGAAACACAUUUCAAGGUGGUAGUGGUCUCGGAAGCAUUCGAUAAGGAGAGUCUGAUAAAGCGCCAUUGCUUGGUGAACGAGGUUCUCAAGACAGAGCUCGAAGGCCCGGUACAUGCCUUGUCAAUACAGGCCAAGACCCCAUCGCAGUGGUCAAGCAAUGCAACGGUCACCAAGUCCCCUCCAUGUCUGGGUGGAAUGGCCAGAGAGCAGAGAGAUCAGCAGGGAACAUGAUGCAGGACACCCCACCAGGACAGAGAUAUCUUCAUCAAAGUACAUUUUUAUUCAAGUACAUUUAUAUGCAUAUGCAAUCAAAACAGUGGCCUUCGUGUGGAGAUUGGUAUGAAGCCCUGGAAAAGAUGCUCCUUUGGACACAAGAAACGGCACCAGGUUUAGAUCACUUACAGAAGACUUCAAGAGAUACCUUUAUCAAAGUACAGUCAAACUUGUGUGCAAUUGAUUCUGUGGCCUCUCUUGACAGGUUUGUCUGGUUUCAAUAUGAAUGAUUCUGUGAUAACGAGUCUUGUUUCUGCUCUAACAGAGGGUUGUUGUUGUUGGUUAGUGUUUGAUGGUAAUUGGUCAAUUUUGACUAUCACCAACAGUUUUUUAAAUUGUAAAAAAUCAUAUGCAACAAUACAACUGACUUCCCUUUUUUUUUCUUUUAAAUAAUUAUAUAUUUUUUUUAAAGAUAAAAUAGUAUCAUGCCAGGUUACAGAGUACUGUCUGUUCUAAAUUGGCACUGUCCUGACAAACCUGCUCUUGUUUUGUAUAAAGGUUUCUUGGAAAUAAGUUUCCUAUGUCUCUAGGGUGCAGACAGGGGGCUCCCUUUGGGAUACCUCAAUAUCUUAGAACUUGAAAGGAAAGGAAUAACAAAAUCAAAGAGAAUCAUAGAAAGAUCUUUUCUGAGGAAAUUGGUUUCACGCAAUCUCACAUUUCUAUCAAAAGAAAUUUAAUAACAAACAUUUAUAACACAUGUACUGAUCUUUAUUUCUAAAUUAAUAUAUCUGCCAAAAAGCAUAAGCAAACAAAAUAUGGGCUUUUAAUGAAAUUGGUGUUAAUCAUAAGAUAAUAAUAGAAAUAAAAAAGUACUUGACAAAACCGAAAAGUUAUCAAGACAAGCAUGAUACAUAAUACAUAUGGAAAAGACUUAUUUUCAUUAUGAUACGCCUUUUAUAGGUUAUACUUAUGAUUUUGAAGAGACAAAACAUAUAACAAACUGUACACUUAUGUCUAACCUUUGUGGAUAUUGAAUUUCUUUCAACUGUUAAAAACAACACUCGGUUGUGUUUUCUGCAACACGUUAAAGAUGCUCAUUUUUUGGUCAAAAUGUUUCGUUCUUUGAUUGAAUCGAACUGCAUUUUGUAUUUUUUAAUAUGCUGAUUUUAAAAGUCCUAGAAUCUCGUCAAGGUUCAUACAAUUUGUUUCAGAAAGGAGCAUAGCUCUUUCUAUAAUAUAUCUUGGGCAUUUAGCCAAGUAGUGUUCAACAGUUUCUAUCUAGGGGCAUGAAUUGCAAUGUCCCGUUGGGUAUAUUCUCAUUCUGGCUGGAUCUACACAUGCAAAUUAUAAUCGACGGGUAAUCUUUUCUUUUGCUCGCACUAAUUUACAAAUUUACAAGUAUAGGUCGGUGAAACCGAGCUUUGAAUCAUUUUGUAGUGCGUGGUAGUGCGUGGUAAGAACUGGUCUGCCAUCGUAAUUGCCAUUGUUCAAUAAAAUGUUUUACUAAAAUUCUGUACGCUUCUGAAAGUGUGAGGUAGUUUAUUAUUUCUAUAUGUUUCCUGAGAGCAGUCUUGGUGAGACAGUCCGUGGAUUCAUGUCCUGUUCCGCAUUGGGAGAGAAUCCAUUGAACCAAGACUUUAUUGUUUUUGUAUUUAAGCUGUGUUAAACGACUUCGUAACUAUUCCCCCUAUUUUUUGGGCUGUCCCACCCCAAAAUGUUUUUUUAUGGCUUUUUACGGCGUGGCCUUCCAUUUCGGCUACCUCAAAUUAAGCAUUAACGCUUUUUGGCUGGGAACGUGGUUUUGGCUGGAGGAGCCCGGGACUCCUCCCCUUCCAAUCGCUAUGGGCUAGACCACCAGGUCAGUGCGCUUAUGCUGCAAACGACUGUUUAUUUUUUGGAUGGAUGGACGAAUUUAAGAAAAAAAGGAAGGAAAUACAUGUACUGGUUAUUUGCGGUUUGGGUCUUAACAUAUUCCGACCCGAAAUUACAUAGUAUUACCGCUGAACUUGUCGGCUCCUUAAUCCCUGGGAUAUGGUUACAUAAUUAUCCCUUGGCAGUUUUGGCCAUAGCCUAAUCUGACCCUAUUAUAUUGCAUUGUUUUGCCGCCGAACUUUUCCCUGUGGAUAUGGUCACAUAUUUAUCCAUUGGCAGUUUGGGUCAUGACAUAUUCCGACCCUACAUUACAUUGUAUUACGCCAAGGCUUUUGGCUCGUUCUUUAAUAGCUAAGGACAUGGUAUCAUAUUGAACAAUUCAUUGUAACAUAUCGUGCCGACUCUGUCGGUCUAUUACAUUAUUGCAGUCUUAUCAAUAGUUUCAAGGCCAGCCUGAAAACUUAUCUAAUGGCCAACAUUAACUAAUAUCAUCUUUUUUUUUUAAACCAUGUAUAAUGUAUUGUAAGCAAAAUUGUAUCUAAGUAUAUCAUGUAGCUCAUUGUAAGUGCCUUGAGCACCCUCUGGGUGGAUAUGUUGCGUGUUAUAUAUGUCUGUAUUAUUAUUAUUUAUCCGUCUGGGGAGGCAUAGCUCAUCGGACCAUAAAGGCCUUUACCAUCCUGAUGGUAUCGCAUACUACUUUUUGUAGUACCAUGCUGAUGCCUGUAUUACUCAGGCCGACAGUCUUGGCGACUUCAUCGCUCAGCGGGCACCAAGUGCCUCUUGCACCAUGCAUGAAGCCAAAAAGUUUAACCGAUGAAGGCUCAAACCUCGCUUCGACCGCCGGUAUAAUAGGCGCGUAUAUCAGUACUUUGCCUUUCCAGGCCUUCAUCAGCUUCUUGGGGUUGUUAUCCCAUACUACAGUGGGGUGGGGUUAAUCACGUCACAUGGUCCCCCGGCUCCCGCACUGAGAAUGAGGUCUGGUAGGUAGUUCUACCCGUCUACGCCUACCAUUUCUUACUCCCCCCCCCCUUUUCUCAUCUUUGAUAUGUUUGACCGUGUCAAGUAAAGUUUCAUAUUCAUGAACAAGUCAUAAUAAGUUCAAGGGGCAGCAGUUACUUGUUAAUUUUUUAUUUAUUUCUUUAUUUCAUUCUCCAUAAAAAACAUUAAAACAUACAAACAUGCUAUACAGAUAAAAGAUCGAUUACAAGAAAAAUGCAAAGGGAAGGAGCAAACAACAUUUUAUGGGAAUG